UACUGACUCUUCUGAAAAAGGGGAGCCGCUUUUAUUUUCUAUUUCUCGGUUUCAAGGGAAGAAGGAAAAAAUCUGUGUAAAUCUUCCAACUCUCGGAAGAUCUAUGUCCGAUUGUGAAGUGGAUAACCAGAACCCAUCUCAGAUUACCAGGUGCAGCAUCAGUAACAAUGUCUUGAACAUGGAAGCUGUUAACCUGAGCAGGAAGAGGAAGUUUCAGACAGAGCAGUUGGAGUUAUUACCGUUGCCAAAACAUGUUUGUUUUGACGAGAACAAGAACAAGAACAGCUCAGAUCCGAGUCCUGAGGUUGAAUCUGUCAAAGACAGCAACAGCUUCGCUACUGCAGAAGGCUCGGAUUACUCCACGUUAUCCGUGAAUUCGGGUUCCAUGGAAUGUUCAAACGAGAUAAAAUCCGAGUCAUCGAGUUCAUCCCUCGGAGAAUCAAUGCUCCAAAACCCUAUAGAGGGAUACAUUGAGAAAGACAUUGUUGAUUUUCUAUAUCCUGAUGAAGACGUGAAGGAUUACAAUGCUACUUAUGUUCUUUCUUCCGGGAGAUGGACUGUUAACCAAGAUUCUUCAAGGCAGAACACAAGGAAGCCAACAAUCGAUCAAGAAUUCGAGCAAUACUUCUCCAUGUUGAUGCUGUGAAGGGAGAAAGGUAUACCGGAUUCCGGUUAUGUAUAUAAAUCUCUACCGGUUAUGUACCAUUUUGAUUCUUGUGAAAAAACACACCCUUAAUUGUGAAUCUGAAACCCUUCUUGUUUGUUUUCUCAUGGAAAUUUAUCCGUGCAAUA